GUAGAGACACGCGCACUCCUUGUGCAGGUUGACAGCGGCGCAUAAACAGCUAUAGCUUCCGUCUGUAUGUCUUCACUGUGAUCUGACAGCACAAAUCCAAAACACUACCCCAGGCGAGAGGACGCGAGAGGAGACGCAGAUUUGGGUGAACACUGAAAGGAGAAUUCGACAUGCAGCCAGCUACUGCCAAGUGGUAUGACAGACGGGAAGCUGUCUUCAUCGAGUUUUGUAUAGAAGACAGCAAAGAUGUCCAAGUUAAAUUUGACAAAACAAAGCUUGAUUUCAGUUGUGUUGGUGGAACAGAUAACAUGAAACACCACAAUGAAGUAGAUCUAUUGGAGGCCAUUGACCCAAAUGACUCUAAACACAAGCGCACAGACAGAUCUGUGUUUUGCUGUCUAAAAAAAGCAGAACCUGGCAAGUCUUGGCCAAGGUUAACAAAAGAGAAAGCAAAGCUUAACUGGCUUAGUGUUGACUUCAAUAACUGGAAAGACUGGGAGGAUGACUCUGAUGAAGAAUUGUCCAGUUUUGACCGAUUUUCAGAGAUGAUGAACAACAUGGGAGGGGAAGAUGACCUACCAGAUGUGGAUGGUGCAGAUGAAGAAGAGUCUCCGGAUAGUGAUGACGAAAAAAUGCCAGACCUUGAGUGAAGGAACAGGAUCUGUCAUGCCAGAAGCAAGCAAGAAUUUUCACGUAACACUUAAAUGAAGAGAGAGACUAAGUUUGAGUUGGUAGUCAUAAAAAACUGCAUCGUUUUCAAAACUGUUUUUUAAGGUCUUUCUGCCGAAAGUCAAAAGGGAUGAGUUUUUACUGUUGUGUUGAUGGCAACUCGGACCCCAAUACACUUAACUUUUUUGUUCUGCAUGGACAAUUACAAGCUCUCAAUGAUGUUUGUGGACACCAUUUAUAGUCCGUUUACUCAAUGGCUUUUACAGUCUUGGGCUCUUUCCUCAAUGUCCGUGGGGUUAUGUAACGUAUACAUUGUAAUUUGUAGUAAUGGAACAAGAACACAAAAUGACAUAUUCUGCCUUCUCCCUCUUUCAAACUGUAAAUUUUAUUUAAUUCUCUCUUCUUUUUUUGUUCAGGCCCUGAUUUCUUGAGCAAAGGAAGCACUGUCUUAAAUCAAUGCUUCUUCUUUGCAAAUGACAGCCGAGACUGCAUUUGAAAUCAGAAUGGCAUAUUCAAAUUCUUGCACUGAUUCAUUGAUAAACUACCGUUUUAUGCGUUUUAGCUAAAGUUUUGACCCUCGGAUAGGUUUGUGUGUCAAUCCAACAUGUUCAAAGUACAUAUUCCUGUCUGUACACGCUGCUUGACGAAAUUAUUUCAGGUUGGCAGUCAGUAUUUGUUGUUUUGUAUCACAAUUAGACGUGUAGCAGGCAAUUGUACACUGGUUUCUUCCAUAUAUGUAAAGAGAAGUGAUUUAGAAAAAGUGUAUGCCUCACCGCUGUACAGAACAAAAGGGUAACUUAUCAAUAAAUGACCAAUUUGUGUUUGCACUCUUAAUAUCAAUGCAGGUGUGACUAAAAGAUGAAAACAAUAUUGUGACCUGUCAUUUCAGGGUUAUAAAUUUCAGUUUGUUAAAUGCAGUGAGGUUUUUUUGUCUACAUAUUUCUAAUAAACUGUCUCUAAACAACACAAGAAAA